AUGACGUGGGUUGGUUGGUUGGUGUUUCAGUCGCCGGACACUCAGGCGUGGCAGAAUGAUUACCUGCAGGGCACAGGAUGCGAGAUGUACACGGAAACCCUCUCCCCGUCCUUUACAGGGAUGACUUUUCCCCAAGCUAGCGAUACAAAUAUUUUCUCUUUAGAUAUUGACUCACACUACACUUACCAAUUUUUUGCCAUGAAAUAA